GUUGGACUCGGGGAAUCCAGCUGUGGCCAAGUGAGAUCUCCGGCGUCUUCCCCCCGGCUCGCUCGCCGCAUCUCGCCUCUGCCUUCUCCGCCCUCCUCCGAACAACUUCCAUCCCGGUGUGGCGGCGGGAGAGCGGCACCACCGGCACUUUUAUCCCGGAGCUCGCUUUAAGAAUUCCCUAUAAAAGGUGGGGAGGGGGGAGGAGGAGGAGGAGGGGCAAGCAUCACCUGGCACCGAUCACUGGCAACAUCUGGAGAGGAGAAGAAGGAGCCCAGAGGGCGGACGUUUGGCAUGAAGAUCUGCUGGAGCCAUCAGGAGGCAAGGAGAGAAGGAUAGAGAGAGGAGAGGAGCGGUCCAGGGAUGGGGGAUGGUGAAUUGGUGAUGAUGGAAGAGAAGACAUCCAGGUGAGAGGUAGGAAGCUCCAUCACCAGCCCAGAGGUGGAAGGGUGAGGCCACCUUCCAUGGUCCAGGUCCUGGAGAGCUCAGGUGAGGGUCACCCAACCAUGGCAACCUUAGACUAGAAGACAACCUUCCCCUCCUCCACAGGCUGAGGCUAUGAAACCUCUGGACAGGUGAGACAGAAGCCCCCCCCAACUUUGCCCACCUAUGUUGGAGCCCCUCCAAGACCCAACUUACCUUCUGGAUGCACCUUCAGGCUGGGGGCGGAAGAGGCUGGACCCUUUGGAUGAAGCAUCGCCCCCAACAGUAAAAGAAGAGGAGCCCCCCUACCCUUGCUGACUUUGGGGACCGAGGUCAGGAGCAGCAGCAUGGCCGGAGAAGUCAAAGCCCAGGAGCAGGAUCCUUCCAAAGACAGCAAGGCGACGGAGGCGGAGGUGGACGGGCUGCCCUAUCCCACCAUUGCUCCAGUGGUAUUCUUCUACCUGAACCAAGAGAGCAGACCCAGGAGCUGGUGCCUGAGGAUAGUGUGUAAUCCCUGGUUUGAACGCUUCAGCAUGCUGGUGAUCCUCCUGAACUGUGUCACUCUGGGAAUGUUCCAUCCAUGUGAAGACGUUGCCUGUGAUUCCCAGCGCUGCAAAAUUCUGCAGGGAUUUGAUGAUUUUAUUUUUGCCUUUUUCGCUGUGGAAAUGAUAAUGAAAAUGUUUGCUCUCGGAAUAUUCGGGAAGAAGUGCUAUUUGGGAGAUACCUGGAACCGCUUAGAUUUUUUUAUAGUCAUGGCAGGGAUGCUGGAAUACUCUCUGGAUCUUCAAAAUGUCAGCUUCUCUGCCGUACGCACAGUCAGAGUUUUACGUCCUUUAAGAGCCAUUAACCGAGUGCCAAGUAUGCGAAUCCUUGUCACGCUGCUGCUAGACACCCUCCCGAUGUUGGGCAACGUCCUACUGCUUUGCUUCUUUGUGUUCUUCAUAUUUGGGAUUGUUGGCGUCCAGCUCUGGUCUGGUCUGCUGAGAAACCGCUGCUUCCUUCCUGAAAAUUUCAGUCUUCCUCUUUCCCUGGAAUUGGAACGGUACUAUCAGACGGAAAACGAAGACGAGAACCCGUUCAUCUGUUCCCAAGCCCGUGAAAACGGCAUGCGUUAUUGCCGAAACGUCCCGACGCGUAGAGAAGAAGGACUGGAGUGUACACUGGAUUAUAAUUAUUACAAUAACACCAGCAAUACUUCAUGUGUGAAUUGGAAUCAAUAUUAUACCAACUGUUCUGCUGGAGAACACAACCCUUUCAAAGGUGCUAUCAAUUUUGAUAAUAUUGGCUAUGCUUGGAUAGCGAUUUUUCAGGUGAUAACUCUCGAAGGCUGGGUGGACAUCAUGUAUUUUGUCAUGGAUGCUCACUCCUUUUACAACUUCAUUUACUUCAUUCUUCUAAUUAUUAUUGGAUCAUUUUUCAUGAUCAACCUUUGUCUAGUCGUCAUAGCUACACAAUUUUCUGAAACAAAGCAACGGGAGAGCCAGUUGAUGAAGGAGCAAAGGGUCCGCUUCCUUUCCAAUGCCAGCACAUUGGCCAGCUUCUCUGAGCCUGGCAGCUGUUAUGAUGAGCUACUCAAAUACUUGGUUUAUGUGACCCGCAAAGCCGGCAAACGGGUAGUCCAACUUUACAGAGCGGCAGUCUUCAAAUUUGGGUUAAGUUCAAGUCCUGCAGUAAAGACCACCACUGAGAAGCCCAGUCGCAAGCAUGGGAGAAGAAGGUCUUCUAUCCAUCAUCUAAUCCAUCAUCACCACCAUCACCAUCACCACUAUCACCUGGGAAAUGGGAGCUUGCGAGCACCACAAGCCAGCCCAGAGCUCAGCGAAGUGGAAACCAGUUCUCCUCAUAAUGGAACUAGAUUAAUGUUACCCUUUCCAGGCACCCAAGCUUCGCCCAUUGCUUCUGCCUCUAACACACAAUCCAUUCAUAGCAUCUACCAUGCUGAUUGCCACCUUGAACCUGUGCAUUGCGUGCCUGUGUUUCCCCAAUCUGGCUCUGGUACGGCCAAUCCGGAGGCUGUCCAAAGGAGUAUUGCAGGGAAUAAAAACUAUCCUACCGUACACCCAAGUUUAUCCCAUGAAAUGCAAAAGAAGACAGAACAAGCAGAAGAGACAGAAAACCCUUUGAUCACAAAUGACCCCAGCUUGUAUACAGGGCCAAUGUAUAAUUCAAUGAACAGGCUACUAGAGACCCACAGUACAGGAAUCUGCAAGGGAUCGUGUAAAAUUCAAGCUGCCAGUUCAGAAAUCGAGCCCUUGGAUCCAGAAGUGUGCUCUCGCUGCAAGGAACCUGAGGCCCCUGAUAAUGAUGAUGUGGAUUCUGACAGUGAUGGGGCCUAUGAAUUCACACAAGACAACCAAUGCAGCGAGAAAACCGAGCCACCCAGGGGGAAAACGAGGACCAAGAACCCCAACAAGCUGCUGAAACCUUGGAAGAUGGUGUGCGAGACCUUUAGGAAGAUCGUGGACAGUAAAUACUUUGGCCGUGGAAUCAUGAUCGCUAUCCUUAUCAACACUCUGAGCAUGGGGAUUGAGUUCCAUGAGCAGCCCGAAGAAUUGACCAAUGCUCUGGAAAUCAGUAAUAUCGUAUUUACAAGUUUAUUUGCCCUGGAAAUGGUUUUAAAACUUCUGGUUUAUGGCCCAUUUGGAUACAUCAAGAACCCUUACAAUAUAUUUGAUGGUAUCAUCGUCAUAAUAAGUGUGUGGGAGAUCAGCGGACAGCAGGGAGGUGGUCUGUCUGUCCUUCGGACAUUCCGGCUCAUGAGGGUUCUGAAACUGGUGCGGUUCAUGCCAGCUCUGCAGCGCCAGCUAGUGGUCCUGAUGAAAACGAUGGACAACGUGGCAACUUUUUGUAUGUUGUUGAUGCUCUUCAUUUUCAUCUUCAGUAUUUUAGGCAUGCACCUUUUCGGCUGCAAAUUUGCAUCUGAAAAAGAUGGAGACACCCUUCCAGAUAGGAAGAACUUUGACUCCCUUCUAUGGGCUACAGUCACCGUUUUCCAGAUUUUAACCCAAGAAGACUGGAAUAAGGUUCUCUACAAUGGAAUGGCUUCCACGUCAUCUUGGGCGGCCCUGUAUUUCAUCGCACUGAUGACAUUUGGAAAUUAUGUGUUGUUCAACCUGCUAGUUGCCAUUCUUGUGGAAGGAUUUCAGACCGAGGAAGUACCAAAGAGAGAAGAUAUGAGCGCUCAUUUAAGCUGUAUACACCUUCCCGUAGAAUCACUCAUGGGUGGUGGCUCCUUGUCUGGCUCUGAGAGCGCACAAGAUGAGUGUGGAUUCCGUAAAAGUCUCUCCAACGUGUCCUUUACUCCACUUCAUGGAUUGCCAGAAGUAAAGGCCAGUUUGCACCCACCCCUCAUUAUCCAUACUGCAGCUACUCCCAUGCCUAUUCCCAAAAACACUCUGUUUGGAGAUAUCCCCAUGGCCUGCGAGUCCAGGAGAGGGAGUAGUGUCUCCGAGAAUCCUUAUGCCGGCGAUGUCAAAUCUAUGCCAAGCGCCCGCAACUCCCCCCAUAGCUCGUGGGGCGCAGUUUGUAGUUGGAACAGUCGUAGGUCCAGCUGGAACAGCAUUGGGAGAGCCCCGAGUAUUAAGAGACAUGUUCAGAGCGGGGAACACAAGUCCCUUCUAUCUGCAGAUGGGAAGGAAAGCUCAGAAGGGGAGACUUCCGAUGAAGAGGGGACCAGCCGUAAAGGAUCUUCUUGUAGUGUCAUGGAACUGGUGGGCAAAAGGGACCCUCCGGACACGUUACACGUUCCUUACACCUAUGGACUGCAGAACAAGCACAACCUUCCUGUGGAUUACCAAGGCUGCAAUGGCAGAUCCAUCCUGCCCACCCCAUCACCUCAACACCAUAUUGAAGAAACCAAAGUCGACUACGGCAGCAAUUUUGAUGAUGAGGCCAACAUGAGCAAGACUGAAAGAUUAAAGGCAUGGAUUACGGCUCAUCUUCCAUCUUGGUGUAAGGAGAGAGAAACCUGGUCCCUCUUCAUAUUCCCACCAUACUCCAAAUUUCGAAUGGUAUGCAAUAAAAUCAUAUCUCACAAGAUGUUUGAUCAUGUCGUAUUAGUGAUUAUCUUUCUGAAUUGCAUCACUAUUGCUAUGGAGAGACCAAAAAUAGAACCACAGAGUGCUGAAAGAAUAUUUUUGACACUAUCCAACUACAUAUUUACAUUGAUUUUCUUGGCUGAGAUGACAGUAAAGGUGGUAGCCCUUAAUUUGUGCUUUGGUGGAAAGGCCUAUCUGAGGAGUAGCUGGAAUAUCCUAGAUGGAAUGCUUGUAUUAAUUUCUGUCAUUGAUAUCCUGGUGUCUAUGGUCUCUGACAGUGGCACCAAGAUUUUGGGCAUGUUAAGAGUACUGAGACUCCUUCGAACUCUGAGACCACUUCGGGUAAUAAGUCGCGCCCAAGGGCUAAAACUUGUCGUUGAGACUCUUAUGUCUUCUCUGAAACCUAUUGGGAACAUUGUGGUGAUCUGCUGCGCGUUUUUCAUUAUAUUUGGGAUUCUCGGAGUUCAGCUGUUUAAGGGGAAGUUCUUUUAUUGUCUGGGAGAAGAUACAAAAAAUAUUACAAAUAAGUCAGACUGUCUAGAAGCAAGAUACAAAUGGGCUCGACACAAAUACAACUUUGAUAAUCUUGGUCAGGCGCUCAUGUCGUUGUUUGUUCUGGCAUCCAAAGAUGGAUGGGUAGACAUCAUGUAUGAUGGGUUGGACGCUGUCGGAGUUGAUCAGCAGCCAGUCAUGAAUUACAACCCCUGGAUGUUGCUUUACUUCAUAUCCUUCCUGCUGAUUGUGGCUUUCUUUGUCCUGAACAUGUUUGUGGGGGUUGUGGUGGAGAAUUUUCACAAAUGCCGGCAACACCAAGAGGAAGAGGAGGCCAAGAGACGUGAAGAGAAGAGGCUGCGCAGGAUGGAGAAAAAGAGAAGGAAUCUAAUGCUGGAUGAUUUAUUGUUGGAGCACUCAGCCAGUCCAACGCAAGAAGCCCAAUGUAAACCUUACUAUUCGGAGUACUCGCACCCCCGUCUCUUUAUACAUCAAAUGUGUACAAGUCACUAUUUGGAUCUCUUCAUUACGGGGGUGAUUGGACUCAAUGUUAUAACUAUGGCGAUGGAGCAUUACCAACAACCAAGGGUGCUAGAUGAAGCUUUGAAGAUCUGUAACUAUAUUUUCACCCUAAUUUUUGUCCUGGAGUCCGGGUGCAAAAUGGUUGCAUUUGGCUUUCGCCGUUUUUUCAAAGACAGGUGGAAUCAGUUAGACCUGGCGAUUGUCCUUCUUUCCAUUAUGGGAAUCACAUUGGAGGAGAUUGAAGUAAAUGCAUCACUACCCAUAAACCCCACUAUUAUUCGGAUCAUGAGAGUUCUGAGAAUUGCUAGAGUUCUAAAGCUGCUGAAGAUGGCUGUCGGAAUGAGGGCUUUGCUGGAUACCGUUCUGCAGGCUCUUCCCCAGGUGGGGAACCUAGGUCUUCUCUUCAUGCUGCUCUUCUUCAUUUUUGCAGCGUUGGGAGUGGAACUGUUUGGCGAUUUGGAGUGCAACAAUUCCCAUCCAUGUGAAGGUCUUGGGAGACACGCAACCUUUCGAAAUUUUGGAAUGGCCUUUUUAACUCUCUUCCGAGUAUCUACAGGUGAUAACUGGAAUGGAAUUAUGAAGGACACACUGCGUGACUGUAACGAGGAAUCAACCUGCUACAACACAGUUAUCUCCCCCAUGUACUUUGUCUCCUUUGUGCUAACCGCACAGUUUGUUUUGGUCAAUGUGGUCAUCGCUGUUCUGAUGAAGCAUUUAGAGGAGAGCAACAAAGAAGCCAAGGAGGAGGCGGAGCUGGAGGCAGAGAUGGAGCUGGAGUUUCAGAUUCAGAACAUGCAAGGUCCGGACAACGACUCUUUCCUGUGGGCUGGACGGGACCUUAGCUACACUCAGGAUAACCCCUAUGGAUAUAUGAACUCUGUGAAGGAUCAGGUGGAUUCCCAACUAUCAUUAGUUCAUCCCAUGGAAAGACAUAUGUUUGAUACAAUAUCAUUACUAAUCCAAGGCUCCAUAGAGGGGGAAAUGAAGCUUAUGGAUAACCUCUCUGGUUCGGUGUGCCAUCAUUAUGCCCUCCAUCCAUAUGAAAAAGGUUCAUCCGAGAAGCAAAUCCCACUGGCGGAGAUGGAGGGCUUGUCCCUGACUUCAGAUAUUCUGUCUGAAAAAUCCUGGUCGUUGGCCUUAACGGAUGACUCACUGCCAGAUGACAUUGUCUUCAGUGUCCUUGAAUCUAAGGCUGACUUUUCUCCGGAGCAAGCGUCAUCGAGCACGAAGGAAAGCAACUUGUUAAGUGUGAAAAAGCCACCGGUGUGCCGAACCCACUCCCUGCCAAACGACAGUUACAUGUUACAGACGGGGGAGACUUGUGCAGAGUGCCAGGCAAAGAGGAAACUCGUCUGCCAAAAAUCAGGUUCCGGCGUCCAUGUUCAGUGUCCGUUAAACGACGCCAGUUGUGGCCGAAAAGAGACAGCGAUAAAUGAUAGAAAGUGCGAAGGCCUCAUACCAAAACUCAACGUACCAAUGCGAUCGCCGUCCACUCACAGAAUGCUGCAAAGACAGAAGGCGAUCCACAACGACUCUUUCGACAUGCUGUUGGACAGUAAGGAAAACGACAAGAGCGAUACAGUGGACCAUAUCUUUGUGAAUUUACCUGUUUGCCAACCGUCUGCGGAAGUGCCAAAUGCUCCAAAGCCAAAGGAGCCAGAAAGAACUUUGUGUGAUCUGGAAAAACGCAACCCUUACACACAACACUGCUGGGAUACACACCAGUGCCCGGGUCCUGCCCAGACUAAUAGGUACUCUAUGAAAGAACUAUCCUCAGCCCAAGAAAGGACACAUUUGUUGAGUACCUCUCUUUGUAAAAAACAUUUGAGCUUAAAAGCGUGCGAAACGCUAAGACUCUACUCUGCCGCUUACUCGUUAAGCCAGAAGGUAAAACUGGAAAACAGCAACAAUGUAGUUCUGAAGGACAUGAAGAAGUUCUACAGCGUUGACGCUCAUGGUGCCCUUAGAAAAACCACCUCAUGGCUGGAUGAAGCCAGAAGACAUUCUAUUGAAAUUUGUUCCAUGGAAAAUAGUCUUUCUCAUUACCCAGCCUCCCGUUCUUGUGGCUUUAUCAGCCAUAUACUCAACGAGAGGGACGACUUUCUAACCGUGCAGAGAACUGGUGGACCCAUUGCCUACUGCCCGGAGUGCAUGCCUGCUUCUAGACAUUCCUGUCUGGAACCCGAGACCCUGAAAAGACAAUCUUACUCUUUAGAUUCUAAGGACCUCCCUAAUAUUGUUGAUCCUUUAGUCCCAGAAAUGUCAAUAUCCUAAUUUCUAUUGAUAUAUUUUUUAUCAGUAAUAUCGAACAAACAACUUUGACUAUUUUUGAUGAAGCGUUAACAUUUGUUACAAAACCAGGAGCCCUUUCUAUAGGUCAAAACUGAGUGGCGUUGGUGGCUCCGGGGGAAAAUACUUGAACAACUUGUUCUCCUUGGACAAAUAGCAAUACACUUUCCAAAAAAGGAUUUUCAUGUUUUUGUUUAGCUAGAAAAAAAUACAUUAUGUUAUUUUCUAUGAAAUAAAACUCUGUCUAGAGAGUCUA